UCGAACGUCUGCAAAAUGUUUUGACGUUUACACUGAUAAUUGUUUAUUAUUUUACUGGCCGCUGUUUACCGAGGCCGCCUGUGAUCUUCACAUUUUCGCGGUCCGAAAAUUCCGACAAGAUGUAACACCGUAUCCUACUGAUAUUUUCAGUUCGGGAAAAUAGAAAAAUGACGAAGAAAUUCGAGUUCGAUUGGCGAAUCCCUGUCCCUGAGCCCUUACUGACGGGCUGUGUCUUCGAUAGAUGGACUGAAGAAAAGGACAACGUUGACUUUGAACAAAAAGCACUGUUCAAAGUUGACGAGUAUGGGUUUUUCAUCUACUGGAAGAGCGAGGGAAAGGAAGGGGAUGUUAUAGAACUGUGUCAAGUCAGUGAUGUAAGAGCUGGUGGGCUGCCAAAAGAUCCAAAGCUUUUCAACACAUUGACUGGCAAGCAUGGGCAAGAUCUGGAAGAUAAAUCACUAACAAUCUGUAGUGGUACAGAUUAUAUCAACAUCAAUUAUCAGCAUGUGAUUUGUCCUGAUGCUGAAACAGCAAAGGUAUGGUUAGAAGGCCUAAGAAAGAUCACCCAUAAUGUCAAAGCAAAUAACGUGUGUCCGAUGACGUGUCUGAAAAAGCAGUCUGGCAACAAGGCUUACGCACGAUCACUCACAAUAAUAAAGCUACAAAUUUUUGUCCGAGGACAGCUCUGAUGAAACAUUGGAUGCGUCUGGGAUUUCUGGUUGAAAAAAAUGGCAAAAUCCCGGUGAAAGUGAUAGCUCGAACGUUCGCAUCGGGUAAAACAGAAAAACUAGUAUACCAAAUAUUGUCCGAGUUGGAGUUGCCGUCUGGAAAGAAUGACGCUAUAGAGAAAGAUGCGUUCACGUUCGACAAAUUUUACACGCUGUAUCAUAAAAUCUGCCCGAGGAACGAUAUCGAGGAAUUGUUUAGGUCCAUUACAAAAGGAACGCAGGAGUUCAUAAAUAUACACCAAUUGAUAGAUUUUUUGAAUGAAAAACAGAGGGAUCCGAGGUUAAAUGAAAUCUUAUAUCCUCUGUACGACGAGAAACGAGCGAAAGAAAUAAUCGAGGAUUAUGAGCAGGACGAGGAGCAUAAAAAGGAACUUAGGCUCACUAAGGAUGGCUUUAUUAGGUAUCUGAUGUCAGACGAAAACGCCCCGGUGUUUCUGGAUCGUCUGGACAUUUACAUGGACAUGGACCAGCCUCUGUGCGCUUAUUAUAUCAAUUCCAGCCACAACACGUACUUGUCCGGUAGACAGUUUGGAGGCAAGUCUUCCGUUGAAAUGUACAGACAAGUAUUGCUGGCCGGAUGUAGAUGCGUCGAAUUGGACUGUUGGGAUGGUAAAGGGGAAGACGAAGAACCAAUAAUUACGCACGGUCGAGCCAUGUGCACCGACAUCCUGUUCAAAGACGUCAUCCAUGCGAUCAGAGACACUGCGUUUGUCACUUCUGACUACCCCGUCAUCCUGUCUUUCGAGAACCAUUGCUGCAAGACGCAGCAGCAUAAGCUUGCCAAAUACUGUGAUGAAAUCUUCGGUGAUCUGCUGCUGAAGGAAUCGCUGGAAGAUUACCCGUUGGAACCCGGCGCUCCACUGCCUCCUCCGUGUGCCUUGAAACGAAAGAUUUUGAUAAAAAACAAAAGGUUGAAGCCCGAAGUGGAGAAGCAGGAACUGGAGCUGUUCAGACAGGGUCAAUUUGUGAUAGAGGACGAGGAAAAAGAGGAUGCUAACGCCAGUGCUGACAGGCCGAUUCCACCUGACGCCUCAGUCGAGAAUCCAGCCGCGAUAGAGGGCGCUGAGGGAGAAGCGGCGGUCGCGGCGAAUUACACGGGGUCCACAACAAACGUUCAUCCAUGGCUCAGUUCUAUGGUCAACUAUGCGCAACCUGUCAAAUUUCAAGGAUUUGACGUCGCAGAAGAAAAGAACAUUCACCACAACAUGUCAAGCUUUUCCGAGCCAGCGGGGUUGAAUUAUCUGAAGACUUCGGCUAUAGAAUUCGUCAAUUACAACAAAAGACAGAUGUCUCGGAUAUAUCCCAGUGGAGCUAGAGCCAAUUCUUCCAAUUACAUGCCACAGGUCUUCUGGAACGCUGGUUGCCAGAUGGUCUCGCUGAACUUCCAAACUUCCGAUCUUCCGAUGCAACUGAACCAAGGAAAGUUCGAAUACAACGGCAACUGCGGAUACCUGUUGAAACCGGAUUUCAUGAGGAGACACGACCGGAUUUUCGAUCCGUUCGCCGAGUGCCCGGUAGACGGAGUGAUCGCCGCCCAGUGCGCCGUGCAGAUCAUCGCCGGGCAGUUCUUGUCAGAUAAAAAGGUAGGAACUUACGUGGAAGUAGACAUGUACGGCUUGCCAACUGAUACCAUAAGAAAAGAGUUCCGGACCAGAAUGGUGCCCGCAAAUGGUUUAAAUCCGGUGUACAAUGAGGAACCGUUCCUCUUCAGAAAAGUGGUUCUGCCUGAUUUGGCUGUGCUCCGAUUCGGAGUUUACGAUGAAAACGGAAAAUUGUUGGGACAGAGAAUCUUGCCUCUGGACGGCCUCCAGGCCGGUUACCGUCACAUCUCGCUCAGGACCGAAGCAAACUUUCCGAUGUCCUUGCCGAUGUUAUUUUGCAAUAUUGAACUGAAAAUAUAUGUUCCGGAUGGUUUCGAGGAUUUCAUGGCUGCUCUGAGCGACCCCAGAGGCUUCAUGGGGGCCCAACAGAAACAGACCGAGCAGAUGAACUCUAUGGGGAUUGAGGUAACAGCGGACAAACCAACGGCUGAAAAGAAGGAAAAGAAAGAGGAAGUGAAAUUAGUGUUUGACCCGAUAACCAUCGAGACCAUAAAGCAAGACAAGUCAUUCCAAAAGACGACCAAGAAGCAGCAGAAAGAGUUUGAUUCUUUGAAAAAGAGACAGGCAAAGGAGAAAAUGGCUGUGCAGAAAUCUCAGUGCGCUGCUAUUGAUAAAUUGGUGAAAGGCAAAAACAAAAACGAGCUGGUGAACGAUCCGGCUGUCCGUAAGCUGGUCACCGAGCAAACGUUGGAAUGGAGCUCGCUGAUGGAGCGACACAGAAAGCAAGAAUGGGAGUUCCUACGUCAGCAGCUCGACGACCAAAGGGACGUGCUCAGGAAGCACAUGGAGCUGCUGCAAGCCGCGCAGAUGCGACAGCUCGAAGCGAAACACGACAGGGACAUGAAGGAAUUGAACAGUCAACAGGCAAAGACCUCUGUGGAAACUGCUAAGGAGGUAGCGAACGAUAAAACGCUGAAAACCAAAAAGGAUAAGGAAAGGAGAUUGAAGGAAAAGCAGCAGAACAACACGAAACGUUUCAUCGACGAACACAAAACUGCGCAGAUCAAGCAGAGCAGAGAGAAGGAAAAGCUGAAAAUCACGCACGACAAGCAGCUGGAAAUGUUGUCGCACGAUAUCCAAAAAAUGAUUGACAUGUACAAGAAUGAGGAGUUGGAGUACGAGAUGUCGAGCAAAAGUGAAUUUUUCGCCUAGAUAAAUGUUAUGUAGUUCUUACAAAGUCUAAUUAAAACGUAUUUCAGAAUUAUGCAAGAAUCUAUAUUGUAAUGUUAGCAAAUUGUGAUUUUUAUUUAUUGUCAGAUAUAUCUAUAUAACGACCAAUAAAUGAUAGGAAACUA